UCAUCAAAAUAAUUUCCUUCUAGAGUGAUACAAUCAGUCCAACGUCGCUUUAAAAUUUCGAUGCCUUUUUGCAAUUCUGGAAAAUAUUUAUCAUUUUGUAAUUCUAGAAACAAUUUGUAAUGUAGCAAAAAUGAUAAAUUUGAACUCCGCCGUUUACUACAUCAUUGCAGGAGAGUGGGGGUUCGCGCGUAAACUGCCAAAUGACAGGUAGGUACUUGAAGGGAAAAAUUCAGGUACAUAUUUAAAUUCUAUUCGUAUGGUUCGAUGAGUGAAGUUGAUCAUAUUUUUCUUGAAGUUGAAGUUGGAAAUGAACUUUUGUGUCCUGUGAAAACAAAUUUGUCUUUGGAAAUUUCGAAAAUGUCUUGCUGGGAAACAUUCAUCCUACCAACGAAGAUAGCACUGUCCACCGUUGAAAAACUUGAGUACUGCCAAGAGGACGACCUUCAAAAAUUGGUGGUGAUAGAAAACCUAAUGAAACAAAAUGAGAGUGUCCAGAGACGUGUAGAAGACAUCAGAUAUUAUGCCAGUACUGAAUCGAAAAACAUCAUCGAUUCAAACGAAAAAUUGGCGAUUCUAACAAAAAAAUUGAAUAAUGCCCGAAUUAUAAAGCAAAUUUUGGAAAAUACCGCCCGGGGGACCAAAAGUAAAAAAUCAUCGGACAUGGAAAUCGCGAAGUUAUGUGGAAUCAACAGAAUGAAAAGGAAUAACAGAUAUUGCAAAUUCAAACAACCUCUAUCACACCUUGCCACGACCAAAAUCUCAAAGAAGAAUGGGAUCAGCAAACCGAAAAUUUCCAUUAAUUUAACAAAGGUGGCAAUUUCCACUUUAGAAACCUUAAAAGCAGGAAAUUUGAGAAAUGUAGUUGUUGUCGGAAACUUCAUAGAAAAUAAGGCGAGUCUGCUGAGAGAGCUAAAAAAUUUAUCAAGCCCACCGAACAGUUCAGCCACGAAGAAAAAGUCUCCAGGCCUUCUCACAGAAAAACUGGAGAAGGCAUUACGUAUGAAGAGUAUUUUAGAAGAGGCUGUACAAGGGGAUGCAGAAAAGGCGCAUAACGAAUUGGCAGAAUUAUGUGAAGAGAGGAAGAAGCAAGACACUGACACAGCUAAAGAUGAUUAA